GAACUUAAUUUAGACCCUGGUCCCUGCGGUGGAAACACACAGAGUACCUCCCAAGUCCCUAGUUCCUGGGGAAAGUUCCUGCUGUGGAAAAGCGGCUUAGUAUAACAAAUGUACAGUACAAAGAGACCCCAGGACAAAUUUGUUUGAAAUCUUUUGUCAGCCCUUGUAUCUACCAAUUAUCAGCAGUAGAUGGCAGUAAGACUACUAAUGUGCACUACACUAGUAAACCAGCAACAAAAAAGAAAAGUAUAUUUGACCAUCCAACAGUGGUAGCUUGGUGGCAAUGCUGGGAUUUGACCUAAUACUCAGUUAUGUUAGUAGGGUUAUAUGUAUAUGGCUAAACACUUUGGCCCUUAUGCAAAAGUACAGUAGGGCCACAGAUGCAAGGUGAAGGGGCAUCAUGAUGAGUGCUGCAUGCUUGGACUCUGCUGCUUCACAUCACUUCUUGAACACCUCAAGGAUGCAAGAAAGCGAAAAGAACUACAGAAACUCAAAACUGCAUUUACUGGAAAAUAUGAAGAAAGUCCUCUGUUUUAUGCAUGUGCUCCUGGCAGAGUGAAUUUAAUAGGCGAACACAUAGACUACUGCGGUUAUGCCGUCCUCCCUAUGGCUAUCGAGCAGAAUAUCCUUGCAGCUGUGUCUGUGAACAACUCUCAGACAAUCCAACUGUCCAACACUGACCCCAAAUACAAGGACUUCACAGUGUCUGCCUGUGAAAUCACCAUAGACCAAGAGAAUCCUCAAUGGCAUUAUUACUUCCUUUGUGGAGUCAAAGGUAUUCAGGAACAGCUGAACUUGUCUUCUCUGGCUGGGAUUCGGUGUGUUGUAGAUGGAACGAUUCCAGCUAGUUCAGGCCUGUCUAGUUCCAGCGCUCUGGUGUGCUGUGCUGGCCUGGUCACAAUGGAAGCCAACCAAAAGUCUGUCUCCAAAGUAUUGUUGGCUGAGACAUGUGCCAAGUGUGAACACUAUAUUGGAACUGAAGGAGGAGGGAUGGAUCAAUCCAUAUCUUUCCUUGCUGAAGAGGGAACUGCAAAGCUGAUCGAUUUCAAUCCCCUGAGGAGCACAGAUGUGAAGCUCCCAGAUGGUGCUGUCUUUGUAAUUGCUAACAGUUGUGUGGAGAUGAACAAGGCAGCCACGUCACACUUCAACAUUAGAGUGGUGGAAUGCCGUAUUGCUACGAAGAUACUGGCUACGGUCAGAGGCCUGGAGUGGAAUAGCCUGCAGAAGCUGGGAGAACUACAGACACAGCUAGGCUCGAGUCUGGACAAGAUGCUGGAUUUGGUGGAGGAAGUCCUUCACCCUGAGCCCUACACCAGAGAAGAAAUUUGCAAGAUGCUGGGAAUCACUGCUCAGCAGUUGUGUGAUAAUAUCCUCAGUGCUAACACACAGCAUGUGACCCACUUCAGUCUGUACCAGCGGGCCAGGCAUGUGUACAGCGAAGCGGCACGUGUGCUUCAGUUCAAGGCUGUGUGUGAUUCGGCACCUGCUGAUGCUGUUCUGCAGCUUGGUGAGCUAAUGAACCAAAGCCAUGCUAGCUGCAGAGACUUGUAUGAGUGUAGCUGCACAGAGCUGGACCAGUUGGUGGACAUUUGUCGAGAGGCUGGUGCAGUGGGUUCCAGGUUAACAGGAGCUGGAUGGGGAGGCUGUGCUGUUUCCAUGGUACCCACUGAAAGGACGGAUUCUUUUCUCCGGACAGUGAAGGAGCGUUACUACAUGCCUCAUGCUCGACGAGCAGCUCUGGUAAAGCAGAGCCUUUUUGUAACCAAGCCAGGGGGAGGAGCAGCUAUUUUUACAGAAGAAUAAAAACUGAGGGAGAUUUAUAUAUAUUGAGGGGUUUUUUCCAUCAUGACCAAACUAUUACUUUUAUUGCUUCCAAUCAACCAUUUACAGGGAAUGCAGUAAAUAUUUCUUCAGAUUGUAGGUCUGAUUGAAAAUAAUUUUAUAUAAUUUGCCUGAAUUAUGCACUGAUUAAAAAGAUUGUGGAAGAU